GAAAUUACGUGGCUAAUACAAGCGCAACGGCGACGCGUGCACGUUGACAAUUUUCUCUGGCAAAACAAACCUUAUUAACGCAGCAGAUACCGAACCAAGUAAUUAUUACGAGUAUAUGUUCGACGAUUGUAAAUUUUCGGUAGAAUAACAAUUUGCUACGCUGGGCCUGCGACCUGUUAACAAAGUGGCGGGUUCUGAGGUCAAAGUAACUCCGGACAUGUCUACCGCUAUUACUAAUGGACACAAUACCAGUACGGAAGAUUUCACCAAACAUGUUUUUGGAGGAGCUAUAUCUGCAGAACCGGUGGUCGAAGAAAACAGAACCUGUGGAAAAAUAUUGACAGUUCUGUCAUGGAUUGUCGUAAUUUUAACAAUGCCUUUUUCAUUGAUGGUGUGCUUUAAGGUGGUUCAAGAAUAUGAGCGUGCUGUAAUAUUCCGUUUGGGUCGUCUUUUGUCCGGAGGGGCCAAAGGACCAGGGAUAUUCUUUAUACUGCCAUGCAUCGACGCUUACGCAAGAGUGGAUCUUCGAACUAGGACAUACGACAUCCCCCCGCAAGAGGUACUGACAAAGGACAGCGUGACCGUAUCCGUGGACGCAGUGGUCUACUAUCGGGUAUCGAAUGCCACCGUGUCGAUUGCCAACGUGGAAAAUGCUCAUCAUUCCACCCGUCUCCUUGCUCAAACGACUCUGCGUAAUAUAAUGGGCCAGCGACCACUUCACGAAAUACUUAGCGAACGUGAGAGCAUUUCCCAGCACAUGAAGGCACUCCUGGAUGAAGCGACGGAUUCCUGGGGCAUCAACGUGGAGCGCGUCGAGAU